CGGGGCCGGGCGCCGCCGGUUGUUGUAGUAACGGGGAAGCGGCGGGAGUGGCCACCGGGACGGGCCGCGGCCAUGGGGCUAUGACGGAGCGGGUACGGGGCGCACCGAGCCGCUAUCGCCGCGCGAGGGUACAGCGGCGCCUCUCGGGGCGCCUCUUCUGAGGCCGCGGGUAAGAGCUGCUGUCAGAUCCCUCGGGCCCGCAGUAGGGAUCGGUGAGGCCGCCGAGCCGGCUGCAUGAGAGCGCCCGGAGGAAAUGCCGGCGGGCAUGGCUCGGGGGCUGGAGGAAAGCGGCUCGUCCUCGGAGGAGGAGGAGGAGGAGGAAGACCCUGGAGACGAGCUGCAGGAUCAUCCAUGCAUCAGGUGGACUGGCGGCGGCUGCAGGCGGAUCCCCAUCUUCGUGUUUCAUGCUGAUGCCAUUCUGACAAACGACAGCUACCUCCGCCUAAUUGGAGAGCGUUAUCACUUGUCCUAUAAGAUUGUACGAACAGACAGCCGCCUGGUCCGAAGCAUAUUGACCUCACAUGGGUUCCAUGAGGUGCACCCUAAUAGCAGCGAUUAUAAUCUCAUGUGGACAGGAUCACACUUGAAGCCCUACUUGCUGCGUUCCCUUACAGAUAUUCAGAAAGUUAAUCAUUUCCCCAGGUCGUAUGAACUGACGCGAAAGGACAGACUUUACAAGAACGUCAGUCGUAUGCAGCUUUCCCAUGGAUUCAAGACGUUCCAUAUCUUACCUCAGACCUUUAUCCUCCCAGCAGAGUACCAGGAAUUCUGUAGUACCUAUUCUAAGGACAGAGGCCCAUGGAUAGUGAAGCCUGUAGCCUCUUCCAGGGGUCGAGGUGUCUACCUGAUAAACAAUCCAAAUCAGAUUGUACUGGAAGACAACAUCCUGGUUUCUCGUUACAUCAGCAACCCCCUGCUCAUAGAUGAUUUCAAAUUUGAUGUGCGCCUCUAUGUUCUGGUUACAUCCUACGAUCCGCUUGUCAUCUAUCUCUAUGAGGAAGGAUUGGCCAGGUUUGCAACUGUGAGGUAUGACCAGGCAUCUAAGAACAUUAAAAACCAGUUCAUGCAUCUGACCAACUACAGUGUCAACAAGAAGAGUGGAGAUUAUGUCAGCUGUGAUGAUCCCGAUGUGGAAGAUUAUGGAAAUAAAUGGAGCAUGAGCGCUAUGCUGAGGUACUUAAAACAAGAGGGGAGAGACACUGCAGCACUGAUGGCCAGUGUGGAAGACCUGAUUAUCAAGACUGUAGUUUCUGCUGAGCUGGCCAUUGCUACAGCCUGUAAAACUUUUCUUUCACAUCGUGGCAGCUGCUUUGAGCUGUAUGGCUUUGAUGUCCUUAUUGAUGAUACUCUCAAGCCCUGGCUGUUGGAAGUGAACCUAUCCCCAUCACUGGCCUGCGAUGCACCUUUGGACCUCAAGAUCAAAGCAAGCAUGCUUUCAGAUAUGUUCACCCUUGUAGGCUUUGUCUGUCAAGAUCCAGGCCAGCAUUCAAGCCGGACUGUUUAUCAUUCAUCUGAAUCUGUUAGGAGAAGUCCAUACCAGAAGCUACAGCGUCCUGUGUCUGCACAGUCCCAACCAAUGAACAGCAGACUGCGUACCCGUCCUCUUUCUGCCAGUGAUGCUGAAAUGAAAAACUCAAUGUCCUCGGGGAGGGAAAAAGCAACAGGAAGGCAAGGAAGCUCUGUGCUGGGCCUCUCCAUGGAAGAGAUAAAAGUUCUUCGUCGAGUGAAAGAUGAGGAUGAGCGGAGAGGAGGUUUCAUCCGCAUAUUCCCUACCCCAUUAACGUGGGACCUUUAUGGAUCCUUUUUAGAGUACAAGACAUCAAUGAACUACAUGCUGGCUACACGUCUGUUUCAGGACAGCGACAAGAUGAAAGGAGACUUCACCACUGGAAAAUCUGGAGAAGAUCUUAAUGGGAGGCUGGAUACGAGUCAGGAAGCUGUAGAUUCUCAUUCUCUCUUUUAUGAGAGAAAGCUCAUUUCUCUGGAGUUACGGAAGCGCCGGCGAUGUCGUAUCAGAGCUAGAGCAGCACAAGCAAGGUCAUCAGAGGCAUCACAGCCAACAAAGCUGCCCCUCACAGACAUAGAAGGUGAAGAGGAAGAGGAGGCAGCAGAUGAAGAUAAAGAACAAGAUGGAACUCUUGGCUCUCCUUUGAACAGCCAGUUGAAAAGCGAGCCAAAGCUCUCUGACCUGGAGAAAACUGCUAGUAAGGAGAAAUUGGCAGAAAAACUUGACAAGAAAACAGGAAAUGGAAGAGAGCCAUUUCUUGAAAAGACAGAUGCAAAGUCUCAGUUUAACUUGCUGCAGAUUCUUAAAAAAAAUGGAAAUCUAAGCAAAGUGCAGGCUCGUAGGGCUUUCUCUGCCUAUCUACAGCAUGUUCAGCUGCGAUUGAUGAAGGAUGCUGGUGACCUGUUACAUAAUGCUGCCUGGGCUGCAAAAGAGGAAAACCAAAUGGAGCUCGUGGUGCACUUUCUGAAGCGAGCUGCCAGCAAUCUUCAGCAGUCUUUGAGGUUGCUGCUUCCCAGCCGUCAUUUAGGACUAAAUGAUCGUCGUCGUAUCCUGGCUCACCAGUUGGGAGAGUUCAUAACCUGUUAUAACAAGGAAACAGAACAGAUGAUUCAGAAGCGAUCAAAAAAGAAACAGGAAGAAGAAGAGGAGGGAGUGAAUCCUGAAGCUUUUCAGAACUUUAUUUCCAGUGCAAGUGAGAGAGAAUUGGAGGAAGUGCUAACGUUUUACACGCAAAAAAAUAAGUCAGCAAGUGUCGUCUUAGGAACAAACUCCAGGACCGCAAAACCCAGGAUCACCAAUAACCAGUCAGAAAAUCAGCCUCAGGGGGACCAGCCUGAGGUGAUGAAAAAAAUAAAAGGCGAUCAGCCCAAAAGUUCAGUUGCAGAUCUAUCUGCAGAAGGAAGAGUAAGAGGCUGUAAAGCCAAAGAAAUGAAAUCAACCUUUCCAGAAAGAUCCGCCUUCUCUUUAAAUGCUGAAAUGAAAUUACGUCGGUGCUGCCCUCCUAGUGCUGCUUCCUCUGCUUCUGGUGCCUCGUUCCGGAGAAGUACCAGUUCCCAGUUACCAUCUCAACAUGCAGCCUCUGAAAAUCCGCAGGUGCCUGGUCACUGUUCGUUGUUGACUCCUCCCAGUGGUCUAAGGCUAAUUCAUUCCUCAUCUUCACCACCUUCCUCCCAGAGCCAGAGCACAGCCACUGUCUGCUCUUCUGUCUUCACAAACCCAGUGUCCAGUGAGGCUUCUAGCCUUGCAGGGUUACAUCGUUCUGGCAGCUACACCGUUGGCCCAUUCUCGUCUUUGCAGAGAGCUGCUCAGAUCUACAGCCAAAGAUUGUCCCGAUCAACCUCUGCAAAAGCAGGUUUGCGCCAUCACAGUCCAAGUGGGCAGCGUGUGAGCUCUAUCGUGAUGAACAAAGGUACAGAAGAUGCUCCUUCCCUGGGCAAACGUUACAGCCCCAGUAUGGUAGCAGCAGAACUGCAGCAGCUGGCAGAAAAACAAGCAGCUUGUCAGUACUCCCCACCAAGCCACAUCAGCCUCCUUACGCAGCAGUUAACAAGCUUGAACUUAGCAAGUGGAGCUGUAAGCAAGGGGAAUGCAGCCAUGCCCCCAAGCUACCGAUCAGCGCUCAACAGAAAAGGGCCAGUGUGUUCUGUUCAGUCAGACACUCUUACAGAUGACAGAAGAUGCAUCUCUUCAUCAGUCAGGGCUCCAGAGAGCGAUCGUUUUGCCUGGGAGGGGGAGAUGGAGAAUAGUGUCUACAGCAAAGUGACGCGGAGCCCACUGGCACACCCCAACUAUCAGCUGAAUUUAGCCGUGCAGCAACUUCAGCAGCAAAAACUUCAGUCACGACAGCUACUGGAGCAAAGCCAAGCCCGACACCAGGCUCUCUUUACCAGCUACUCGCAAUCCAGCACCAGCCAUGUACCUAUGUCACCUGGCUCUGGUGCCCACAAGACAUCAAGUGCCACUUCUAGUGUCCAGAAGGCAACCAGUUUGCACAAAGUGAUGCCAUCCCAGUGUACACCUUCUCAGCUGAUUCCAAAGCCUCCAGCAAACCACAGACAGACAGUGGUCAGAAAAACUGCAGCCCAGAGGAUUUCCAAUGUUUUUACUUUUAGGGUGACCUCUGUUGAAAGGCAACUUAACGGAUUUCAGAACAGCCUUCACAGUGCUGCAUCCUGUGAACUGGGGUCAAAUUCCACAGUCUUGCAGAAGAGUGCCUUAGUUCAGAAAGAUGUCACUGAGAUUUGUGAAUCAGCUGCAUAGUGAAGUCAGUCAGCAGAGGUGAAACCUCCCAAAGAAAGAUCAGGGAGACCUAUAAAAUCAAAUCUUCAUCCUUCCGUGGGGAUUAAUUUGUUUAAAGAAGUUUCUCUGCUAAUACUAGUCAAGGAUCUCAGAAAACGAGGACCCAAUUUUUUAUUGAUGCAGUCAUAUUUACAGUAGAGUGUAGUCUUGAUGAACCCGUAUUAUCCGUGGCCUGCAGUAAUUUGUGAUGAUGCUGUAAUGGAAUAUAUGGACAAAUUAUGAUCUAGAGUGCUUUGAAAGAAUUACGUUUCUGACCUCAGCUUUUACUUUGAAAAUCUUGAAAAGAUGACUUGAGUAUCACUGAAGCAGUCUUAUCCAUGUUUUCAUGGGCUGAAAUGGAAGUUAGCAGAGAGGUGAACUGCCCAAUCCAUCUCUUGAAUAUCUGGCACUGAAACUUAAAGGUGACAUGGCCAAUAUUAAUGUCAGUGAUUUUAUGGCUGAUCCUCCAGCACAAACAUUCAGCUAGUGAGCUUAUUGUAUGAUUCCAAACCGCCUCCUACACUUUACCACCUGCCAAAAAACUUCAGCUAUCCUACCAGAGAUUUUACAGUGUGAACAGCCGUUGUCAAUAACAAAGACCCUACACCACAUUGGAACGUGAGAGCUUAGAAAUGGAAUAUAAUGAGAUUAUCAGAAUAAAUUUUGUCAACACUGUGGCAUAUAUACAAAUGAGGCAAAAGUUCUCGUUUACUGUAUAGCUUGAGUUUUUUGCACAGUAUACAUAAAUUUACAAGUAAAUGUGAAAUGUACUUUUCCAAGGUAUGAUUGAGUGGACUUAUAUGAAGGUAUUUGCAUGCUGAAUUCUGCCCUUUUUAACAAUUUUAAGAGCACCCUCAUGGUUGCUACCCUGUAAUUACCCUGUAAUUUUACAUGUAGGCCAUCAGAACUAGGAUCUGAUGAGCAGGUCACUCAAAGCUUCCUUGUCCCUAGGAGAGAUAUAUAACUCACAGAACAGUGCUAAAUUUUGCAGUGGUUGAACAAAGUGGAGCAGCAUG